AUGAAUUCUAAUAUUUUGAGAUCGUUACAAAGGACAGGUAGAAGGUUUGCUUCAUCAAGGGAUUUUGAACCUGUCAUUGGAUCUAAUCCAAAAAAACAGACUACGCGACUGGUGGCCGGCUCAGUGGGUGUUAUGAUCCCACUAGCUCUAUAUUUAUUUUAUAAAAACGAUAGCAAACAUAGUGAAAUCAAGAAAAUAUAUCAAAAUGAGAAGAAAAUGUAG